CGUACUACACAUUAAAUAGAGCUACUUGUGUGCUUGUAGUCUAAAGUUAAUGUGUAACAAAAGUCGUAUUUGCUUUUUUAAAGUCCCUUUUCCUUCCUUCUUUUCCUUCCUGAGAUUACGAAUUAGUUCACAUGGAUGUAGAAGGUGCCAUUCUGCCUAUUACAUAUAGACCGAUCGUUCUAUUUUCUAUAGGUAUAUGGGGUUGGGCACUUAAUCUAUUAAUCCUUUCGAAAUGUGGCAUCGACCCUGUCUCAAUACUCCAGCUUCAUCAAGUCGAUAAACACACACCUUUGUAUAAACCUGUAUUCGUUUUAUCGGGGAUAUUGUCAAUGCUGGUAUUGGCAAACCUGUGCUUAUACUGGUACUUUCUGUUACCAAGUAUAGCUAUAUUACCAUAUCUGUCUGGUAUAAUUUUAUUAUUCUGGCCUGGACAAGCCUUAUACAGAAAAGAAAGAAUUCGGUUCAUUAGAAUGUCAAAGAGAGUUUUAUCAUUGAACAUUUGGGCGCCAGUAUUCUUUUCGGACAUCAUCCUUGCAGACAUGUUGACUAGUUUUUCAAACGUAUUUGGAGAUUUUUUUAUAGCCUCAUGUGUUAUAUUUGCUGGGAACAAUUCUUCAUAUUUUAUGGAUAAUACACACAAUCUUUACUAUCGAGAUGUCAUGGUUCCUUUGUUAAUAUGUGUUCCAUAUCUCAUCCGCCUAAAGCAAUGUAUAUCCGAAUUUAUCGAGACGAGAGAAAGACGCCAUGUGUUCAACGGAUUAAAAUACACAUCAUCCAUUCCUGUCAUAGUUGUUUCAGCAAUACAAAGAAAAGCAGCAAUAUAUGUCGCGGAAACAGGAGCAAUACCAAAGCAUUGGUAUUUAAAUGAAGACGGUAUAUUCGAACUUUGGAUUUUUUUUGUGUUUAUCAACUCGAUGUAUUCAUUCUGGUGGGAUAUCUCAAUGGAUUGGAAUCUUGUAAAUAUAUCAUUCAAUUCAACACAGAGUGACCAAGAUAAAAUUAUGGCAUUACCACCGAAGAGACACUCCACCCCAAUCAUUCAUUUUAGACGUCAACUUUAUUUUUCGCAACAUAUUUGGUACAUUGCUGCCAUAUUCUUUGAUUUCCUAUUUCGUAUCACCUGGAGUUUGAAACUUAGUUCACAUAUUUAUAUUAGACAAUUAGACGCCAGUAUAUUUCUACUGCUAGAAGUUAUAAGACGAUGGGUUUGGGUGAUAUUUCGUAUGGAGAGUGAAUGGGUCAAAAGAGUAUAUAAUACUCUUCCUUCACAACAGCCACUUGAAAACCUGCGAAUGAACUUACUGGAUCGUAAAUCUUCAGGCCUAUUAUCCCCAAUUGAAGAGGAGGAUUCGUGACUUCCAUCUACUUUUUUUUACUAUUACUCAUCCCGCUAAUUAAAUCAUAAUAAAUCCUCUUCUUUG